AUGCGUUUCUCAAAUUUGCUAACAUCAUCUGUACUAUUAACCGGGGCUCUAGCUGCUCCAGCCUUCCACCAUAAGCACGACAAGCGUGACGUGGUUACCGCAACUGUCCAUGCCCAAGUCACUGUUGUCGUUUCUGGUAAUAGUGGGGAAACUGUCGCUCCAGUUAAUGAAAAUGCCGUUGUGGCCGCUACCACUAGCGCUGCUGCCGCUUCCCAGGCCACCACAUCCGUUUUAGAGCCAGCAACUUCUGCCAGCGCUGCCACCACCUCACCUGAAUCUUCUGCUGCAGCAUCUACAGUUCCUUCUUCCGCCUCAUCCUCAUCCUCAUCCUCAUCCUCAUCCUCCUCAUCUUCCACUUCAUCCAGUAUCUCUGCCUCCGGCGCUAAGGSUAUUACUUACAGUCCUUACAAUGAUGAUGGUUCCUGUAAGUCCACCGCUCAAGUUGCUUCAGACUUGGAACAAUUGACUGGUUUUGAUAACAUCAGAUUAUACGGUGUUGACUGUAGCCAAGUUGAAAAUGUCUUGCAGGCUAAAACCUCGAGUCAAAAAUUAUUCUUAGGCAUAUACUACGUUGACAAAAUCCAAGACGCUGUCGAUACUAUCAAAUCUGCAAUUGAAUCUUACGGUUCCUGGGACGAUGUUACCACCAUUUCUGUUGGUAACGAACUGGUCAAUGCCGGUUCUGCAACAACUACUCAAGUCGGCGAGUAUGUUUCCACUGCCAAAUCUGCAUUAACCUCAGCCGGCUAUACAGGUUCGAUCGUUGCUGUUGACACCUUCAUUGCUGUUAUCAACAACCCUGAUUUGUGUAACUAUUCUGAUUACAUGGCCGUCAAUGCUCAUGCAUACUUUGAUGAAAACACUUCCGCUCAAGAUGCCGGGUCAUGGGUAUUAGAACAGAUCCAAAGGGUCUCUACUGCAUGUGGUGGUAACAAAGAUGUCGUUAUCACUGAAACUGGCUGGCCAUCUAAGGGUAACACUUACGGUAAUGCUGUCCCAUCUAAAGCAAACCAAGAAGCCGCCAUCUCCUCCAUUAAGAGCUCCUGUGGUUCUUCAUCUUACUUGUUCACCGCUUUUAACGAUUUGUGGAAAGCAGAUGGUCAAUACGGUGUUGAAAAGUACUGGGGUAUCUUAUCAAGCGAUUAA